UCCCCAAAGGCGAUGCGUCUCAGUCGCCUGCACGCGUCCAGCUCACCAUAAGUGAUAGGAAUCGGAACCACAAUUCCAGUGCGGGUCGAGCCACGUACCACGAGCCGAUGCACCUGUGGGAUAAGUUGACCGGCAAUGUGGCAGACUUCACCACUCAGUUCAGCUUUGUCAUCGACUCAGAACAUAACUGGACGUCUGCAGAUGGACUGAUGUUUUUCCUCGCCCCCAACGGGUCUGACAUCCCGAGCAACUCGUCUGGUGGCUAUCUGACCCUUGUAAGUGCGACUCGAGACCCUUUCGACCUUCUACCGCAUUCGUAGCUGUGGAAUUCGACACUUUCUAUGACAGGUCCACGAAUUUUUGGGAUCCGACGUGUGCACAUGUUGGUAUAGAUUUGAAUAACAUCUCGUCCGUCAAAUAUACAUGUGUGGAUUGGUUCAGGCAGAAAAUCAUGGGCGGCGGACUCAUAAACGCUUCCAUAUCAUACAAUUCUAGCACCCAGAAUUUGAGCGUCCUCAUGAUCGAUGCCGCGUAUCCAAAUCUGAACGCUGCCAAGCUCUCCCAUUCAGUUAACCUGACAAAGUAUUUGCCAGAAUGGGUGACCAUCGGUUUCUCUGCAACCACGGGUUUGAGCUUCUAGUUGCACACUCUUUAUUCAUGGGAAUUUAGCUCAUAUCUACGAGUCACCGAAGAUGCAAACAGAACAAUGAAUCCUAUUCCCGCAGACACAAACACAAAUGACAAGGUCAGAGCAAAGGGGAGCAAGUCAUUGUUGUGGUCUGUCAUAGGUUUAGGCUCUUUCUUGUUGCUCACUCUUGUUCUAGGCUUCGCUUGGUUUGAUCACAGGUCAAAGAGAAAGAUAAAUGACGGUAUUGGAAAAGAGGAUGAUGUCCUAUCAAUUGAAGAAGAAUUUGACCAAUCGACAGGACCCAAGAAGUUCUUCUACGGGGACUUGGUCGCUGCGACAGAAAAUUUUGCAGCUGCGCGAUUGCUUGGGAAAGGGGGUUUCGGAAGAGUUUAUGAAGGCUGUUCGAUUGGCAUGAGUUCUAAUGUGGCGAUCAAGAAGAUCACUCCAGAGUCGAGACAGGGGAGAAAGGAGUACGCGACAGAAGUGAAGACAAUCAGCGGACUCAGGCACAGAAACUUAGUCCAACUCAUCGGAUGGUGUCAUGAGAAAAAAGAACUCCUCCUUAUCUACGAGUUCAUGUCCAGUGGUAGCUUAGACUCUCACUUAUUCAAGCACCGAACCAUUUUGACGUGGGAAAAACGGUACAGAAUCGCACAAGGCAUAGUCUCUGCAUUGCUAUCCCUCCACGAAGAAUGGGAACAAUGCGUCGUCCACAGGGAUAUAAAGUCGAGUAACAUCAUGCUCGAUCCAGACAGCAACGCCAAAUUGGGGGACUUUGGCUUGGCUAGGCUGGUUGACCACACCAAAGGGUCGCAAACGACUGUACUGGCCCGAACCAUGGGCUAUACGGCUCCUGAAUCCAUUUACACGGGCAAAGCCAGCAAGGAAUCGGAUGUCUAUAGCCUUGGCAUUGUCCUCUUGGAAAUAGCCAGUGGAAGACGAGUUGUGGAUUCAUGGGCAACAGUCGGCCAAGUUCGGCUCUCGGAUUGGGUUUGCGAGCUCCACGGAAUUGGAAAGCUGCUAGAUGCAGUGGACCCGAAGUUAUGCAGUGAUUUUGAUGAGAAACAACUGGAGCGCUUGCUGAUCGUAGGGCUUUUGUGUGCUCAUCCAGACUCCAGAGUUCGGCCCUCCACAAGAGAAGCACUAAAUCUUCUGAACUUUGAUGGUUCGCCGCCGGCCCUUCCAUCAACUUUGCCGGUCCCGACAUAUCUCGCGCCUCCUCCAUCUAUAUUGUCGACGUGGUUGCUCCUUUCAUCUUCUGGCACCUCCACCGGCGGUGAACCAGUUGGUCAUAGCAUCGAAAUGUCCACAUGUACUACCCUUGUCUAAGGAAUCCUCUUGUUC